AUGCCAUGCGGUGAUGUGCCAGUGGGUGUCCGGUUUCGGGCUGGCUCCGUGGGUGCCGUUUGCCGCACGGGGACGGGGAGAGGCAGCCCCCGGGGCUGCUGCGGGAAGCGGAAAGAAGAGGAAAGGCGGGGCCGGGACUCCUUCGUGCAGCUGCCUUGCCCCCCGGGCCCCGGCCCCGGCUCCUUGGGCCUCACCGCCGAGCACGUCCGGCAGGAGAUAGAGCGCUGCAAGGAGCUUUGCAGCGCGCUGGAGCAAGACCGCGUGAACCUACAAACGGCCACGGGAGCCGUCGAGCAAAGGACACGAGGGCUGAGGAAAGAGAGGGAACAUCUGCAUGAAAACUUUAAGCAGCAAAAGUAUUUCAAGAGAGAAGAAGAGAUCUGCCUCCAGGACAGUGUUUUGUUAGCAAGGGAGAUGAAGAACACACUGAUGCAGAGGUAUCAGAUGCUGAGCAAGAUACUGGAAGACAAAAGGAAGAAGUUCUGGAAGGAUCCGGAGAUGGGUUGGGGAGAAGGGCUGAGCACAGGUCAUGUCCUGGGAGCAGAUGGAACUGUGGCUUUCCUCCCCACCCUGGCAGUGGCAGAGCUGCUGCUUGAGAGAGGACGCAUCCAGGUGCCCUUGGGGAAGCAAACAUACGAGCUCAAAAUAUCCCCGUGCCUGAGUGGGGAGGCCUCACACCUGCAGCUCCAGCCCUCCCGCUGUCCCCGGACCGUCCUGCUCUCGGGGAUCCCGGACGUGCUGAGCGAGGAGCCCAUGAGGGACAUCCUGGACAUCCAGAAGCCCAGCCGCGGCGGGGGGGAGGUGGACGCGGUCGGUUACGUCCCGGCGGGCAGCCACGGGGUGGCCGCGUUCACGGAGGACGCGGAG